AAAACGUUUAUUAAGUAAUCGUUUUAAAAACAGUAAUAAACAUCAAUAAUUUCACAAACAAACUAAUUAUCAUGACUUCAAAGUGGUGUUUGAUUAGUCUGUUUGCACUAUUGGCGGUGCAGGUGUUGAGCGCACCCAAUGGGACCAACCCUACGGCCCGAUACGAGGCCAACUGGGCCUCGUUGGACAAGCGGCCCCUCCCGGGCUGGUACGACGAGGCAAAGAUCGGGGUGUUUCUACAUUGGGGCAUAUUCUCGGUGCCCUCAUAUGGCGACGAGUGGUUUUGGUAUCGUUGGAAAGGGGAUAAAGUGCAACAUUUCAUUGAUUACAUGAAAAACAACUAUAAGCCGGGCUUCACGUACCAGGACUUUGCCGCCGACUUCACGUGCGAGUUCUUUGACCCCAACCACUGGGCAGAUGUGCUCAGAUCUUCGGGUGCUAAGUACGUGGUGAUGACCACUAAACACCACGAGGGAUACGCGAUGUGGCCCUCAAAGUACUCUUACAAAAUUCACUUUUGCAUCGCUAUUAUCAGCGACUUAUCAAAGGCUGUGAAAGGGGUUGGCCUUAAGUUUGGUGUCUAUCACUCGCUGAUGGAAUGGUUUCACCCGCUCUUCAAACAGGACACAGACAGCGGUCACAGAACGCAAUACUUUGUCGAUAAUAAAAUACUGCCCGAAUUGCGUGAAUUGGUCAACAAUUAUAAGCCGGACAUAAUCUGGUCGGACGGCAACGGAGGCGGAGAUCCCAAGUACUGGAAGAGCGAAGAGUUUCUCGCCUGGCUUUUUAACGAUAGUCCCGUUAAGGACACUGUUGUUGUCAAUGACAGAUGGGGCGAGGGCUCGGAUGGUCACCAUGGUAGUUUCUAUAACUUUGCCGAUAACUUUAAUCCCGGUGUAUUAGUGCCCCAUAAGUGGGAACACAUUGACACCAUUAGAAAGGGUUCGUGGGGUUAUACACGUAAUAUUAAUUUAUGGGAUAUUUUAACACCGUUGGAAAUGCUACGACAAUUGGCCAUGGCCAUCAGUUGCGGGGGUAAUAUGAUGUUCAAUAUUGGGCCCACAAGAGAGGGCACAAUUACCCCGAUAUUUGAGGAGCGAUUGAGACAAUUGGGUGAUUGGCUUAAUGUCAACGGAGAGGCCAUCUAUAGUAGCCAUCCCUGGACUCAUCAAAACGAUACCUUAACUAAAGAUAUUUGGUUUACAUCGAAAGACAAAAAUGUUUACGCGAUUGUCUUGUUUUGGCCGAAGAAUAAUGAGGUAGAGUUGGGAUCCGUUGCACACAAUUCAGUCAAUACUAUCCAACUAUUGGGAGCCGACGGCAAUCUUAACCACAGGGCGGGCGGCGGAGACCACACAGUCGUUACAUUUCCUCACAUUAAUCCCGAAAUACUUAAAACCGCUUAUGUGUUGAGCGCACCCAACGCUACCAAACCCACGGCCCGAUAUGAGCCAAACUGGGCCUCAUUGGACAAACGACCUAUACCUAAAUGGUUUGACGAGGCUAAAAUAGGCAUAUUCAUACAUUGGGGUGUAUUCUCUGUGCCAGCCUAUGGGGACGAGUGGUUUUGGCACCGAUGGAAGGAUGAAAAGGCCCAGUAUUUCAUUGAUUUCAUGAAGAAAAACUAUAAGCCCAACUUCACCUACCAGGAUUUUGCCAAAGAGUUUACGGCUGAAUUAUAUAACCCUGGUCAUUGGGCAGAUGUGUUCAAGGCCUCUGGAGCUAAGUAUGUAGUGUUAACGUCCAAACACCACGAGGGCUAUACUAUGUGGCCCUCGAAGUACUCUUACAGCUGGAACGCUAUGGAUGUCGGACCCAAUCGAGACUUAGUCGGUGACUUAGCAAACUCGGUGAAGGCAUCGGGCCUUAAGUUUGGUGUUUACCACUCGUUGAUGGAGUGGUUUCACCCGCUGUUCGUCGAGGACGCCAACAAUGGACACAAAACACAGUAUUUUGCCAAAAUACAGCCCGAAUUGCGUGAAUUGGUCAACACUUAUAAGCCUGAGAUUGUUUGGUCGGACGGCAACGGAGGCGGAGAUCCCAAGUACUGGAAGAGUGAAGAGUUUCUCGCUUGGCUUUACAGCGAUAGUCCCGUUAAGGACACUGUUGUGGUCAAUGACAGAUGGGGUGAGGGCAGCGAUGGUCACCAUGGUGAUUUCUACAACUUUAACGACAACUUUAAUCCGGGUGUUGUUGUUCCCCACAAGUGGGAGCACAUCCAGACAUUGACGAAGGGUGCCUGGGGUUAUAAACGUGAUGUAGAUGCGCAAGGUUUUAUGUCACCAUUGGAAAUGCUUAGACACCUGGCUAUGGCUAUUAGUUGCGGGGGUAAUAUGAUGUUCAAUAUCGGGCCCACAAAAGAUGGUACUAUUAUACCUAUAAUGGAGGAGCGGUUGAGACAAAUGGGAGAUUGGCUGAAGAUUAACGGAGAGGCCAUCUAUAGUAGCCAUCCCUGGACUCAUCAAAACGAUACCACAACUAAAGAUAUUUGGUAUACAUCUAAAGAUAAAAAUGUUUACGCGAUUGUCUUGUUUUGGCCGAAGAAUAAUGAGGUAGAGUUGGGAUCCGUUGCACACAAUUCAGUCAAUACUAUCCAACUAUUGGGAGCCGACGGCAACCUUAACCACAGGGCGGGCGGCGGAGACCACACAGUCGUUACAUUCCCUCACAUUAAUCCCGAAAUUGUGGUGCAGGUGUUGAGCGCACCCAAUGGUACCAAACCUACGGCCCGGUAUGAGCCUAACUGGGCCUCGCUGGACAAGCGGCCCCUCCCGGCGUGGUAUGACGAGGCCAAAAUAGGCAUAUUCAUUCAUUGGGGCGUUUUCUCGGUUCCAUCAUUUACUGGCGAAUGGUUUUGGCAUCACUGGCAGGAUAAGAAGGAGGCGAUGCCUGAAGUGGUGGCCUGGAUGAAAGCCAACUACAGGCCCGGUUGGACUUAUCAGGACUUUGCGCAACAAUUCACGGCCGAGUUUUACGAUCCCAACCAUUGGGCCGAUGUUUUCAAAGCAUCGGGCGCUAAAUACGUGGUACUGACCACUAAACACCACGACGGGUACGCAAUGUGGCCCUCGAAGUACGCUUACAGUUGGAAUGCUAUGGAUGUCGGGCCGCGACGGGAUUUGGUCGGUGAUUUAUCAAAGGCUGUGAAGGCAUCGGGCCUUAGGUUUGGUACUUAUCACUCACUGUUUGAAUGGUUUAAUCCCAUCUUCAACGCCGACAAAGACACCGAAUUUAAGACACAAACGUUUACAAAAAUGAUACCAGAAUUGCGUGAAUUAGUGGAGACAUACAAACCGGACCUGAUUUGGUCGGACGGCGCCGGCGGUGGGAACUCCCAUCCAGUUAAAGACAGUGUUGUGGUCAACGAUCGAUGGGGAUCGGAAACUGACGGCAAACAUGGUGACUAUUACAACUACGCGGACCGCUAUAAUCCGGGUCAUCUAUUGGCCCAUAAAUGGGAAAACGCAAUGACAAUCGACAAGACUGCGUGGGGUUACUCCAGAAAUCUCAAUAUCAAUCAAUAUGUAUCGCCUCUCGAGUUAGUCACACAACUCGCACAGACUGUCAGUUGCGGCGGAAAUAUAUUGAUAAACAUCGGCCCCACAAAAGAGGGCACAAUUAUACCUGUAUUUGAGGAGCGAUUGAGACAAUUGGGUGAUUGGCUUAAUGUCAACGGAGAGGCCAUAUAUAGUAGCAAACCCUGGACUCAUCAAAACGAUACCAUAACUAAAGAUAUUUGGUAUACCUCUAAAGACAAAACUGUUUACGCGAUUGUCUUGUUUUGGCCGAAGAAUAAUGAGGUAGAGUUGGGAUCCGUUGCACACAAUUCAGUCAAUACUAUCCAACUAUUGGGAACCGACGGUAAAGUUGAGCACAAGGCGGGCGGCAGUGACCACACAGUCGUUACAUUCCCUCACAUUAGUCCGGAAGCGCUUAAAACGGCUUAUGUGUUGAGCGCACCCAACGCUACCAAACCCACGGCCCGAUACGAACCAAACUGGGCCUCAUUGGAUAAGCGACCCCUCCCGGCCUGGUAUGACGAGGCCAAGGUUGGCAUAUUUGUGCACUGGGGUGUUUUCUCGGUGCCAUCAUAUAUGGACGAGUGGUUUUGGUGGCACUGGCAGAGCAAGGAAGUGGUGCAAAGUGUGGUGGACUUUAUGAAAGCCAACUACAGGCCCGGCUGGACGUAUCAGGACUUUGCCAACCAGUUUACCGCCGAGUUUUACGAUCCCAACCAUUGGGCCGAUGUUUUCAAAUCAUCGGGCGCUAAAUACGUGGUGCUGACCACUAAACACCACGAGGGAUAUACUUUGUGGCCCUCGAAGUACUCUUACAGCUGGAAUGCUAUGGAUGUCGGACCCAAUCGGGAUUUAGUCGGUGAUUUAUCAAAGGCUGUGAAGGCAUCGGGCCUUCGGUUUGGUACUUAUCACUCACUCUUUGAAUGGUUUAAUCCUCUCUUCAACGCCGACAAAGACAAUGGAUUUAAGACACAAACAUUUGUCGAGACAAAAGUAAAGCCAGAAUUGUAUGAAUUGGUGAAUACAUACAAACCGGACAUCAUUUGGUCGGACGGCGCCGGCGGUGGAAACUCUCAGUACUGGAAAAGUUCGGAAACUGACGGCAAGCAUGGUGACUUUUACAACUACGCGGACAACUACCAACCUGGUCAUUUACUGCCACACAAAUGGGAAAACGCUGUGACCGUGAGUAAGGGCUCGUGGGGUUAUCACCGGAAUGUCGAUCUUAAUGGUUAUCUCACAACUCAUGAGUUGGUGACACAACUCACUCAAACUGUCAGUUGUGGUGGAAAUAUACUGAUAAACGUCGGGCCGACAAAAGAGGGCACAAUUACUCCAAUAUUUGAGGAGCGAUUGAGACAAUUGGGUGAUUGGCUUAAUGUUAACGGAGAGGCCAUCUAUAGUAGCAAACCCUGGACUCAUCAAAACGAUACCAUAACUAAAGAUAUUUGGUAUACCUCUAAAGACAAAACUGUUUACGCGAUUGUCUUAUUCUGGCCGAAGAAUAAUGAGGUAGAGUUGGGAUCCGUUGCACACAAUUCAGUCAAUACUAUCCAACUAUUGGGAGCCGACGGCAACCUUAACCACAGGGCGGGCGGCGGAGACCACACAGUCGUUACAUUCCCUCACAUUAAUCCCGAAAGUCUUAAAACCGCAUAUGCGGCGAUUGUGUUAUACCUGUUGUGGUCACACUUGCGGUGGGCGUGUUUGACGGGAAUGGGAAUACUUGUGCUGUUUAUACCAUUUCAAGUACUAAUGGGUCGUAUGUUUCGGAGUAUACGUCAAAAGACGGCCGAAUUAACUGACAGUCGAAUCCGUUUAAUGCAA